AUAUAAACAAACGAAACAUUUUGAGUUUUCCAUUUGAGCCAAUUUCAAAAUCAAAAACAACGACGACCACAGACACGACGAAGCUGAAAGAGGAAGAGCACGAAAGCACAAGUCAAAACAAAGUCCAGUUGGCGGAGGAGGCCGCGGCAAAGGUAUAAAUAACGGCAAAAGUGGCCACAGCAGCAACACAGAAAUUCUUGUAUACAUUUUUCACACGUCGUCCCGCACGCCAACGAUAACGACGCCUCGCGGACGGAAAAUUCGCGCUGUUGAUCAAGUGGAUAUUGGGGAAGGAAAUCUCCAAGUGCUGCUGUGCUGUUUGCUCCGUGAUUUGCAACGCAAAAUGCAAAUAUAAUUAUCGUAGAGCAACAAAAAAAAAAUAAAAUAAAAAAAACGAAAAAGUGAAAACGUGAAAAAGGCAAAGAAACAGUUUUUUUACAGAAUUUUUAAAUAAAUACAGUGAGGAGUUGAAUUGAAACUGAAACGGAAAGAGUGUACGCAUAAAUAAUUGAAUAUCACCUUGAAUUAUGUGAAUAAUCACUGCCUCGACCUCCAAUUAAGAACUUUCACCAGGACUACAACCGUCAAGUAUUAUUUGUAACCUUCCACCUUGAAACCGAGCCUCAAACUAAGAAUUGAGAUAAAUAAAAGGAUAUAAGAGGGAAAACAUUGACUCAGCGGAGGUAGUAUUUUUCAAGCCAUCAACGGCGCAGCAGCACUUCUCGUCCUCUAAUUAGCGGUCGCGUAUUGAAAUGGUAUUGCCAUUUGGAUUGGCCUCUGACGGUCAUAACGUAGCUGGCAACCAAAGCAUGGUAACCCCCACAGCCCCACCUGCAUUCCUAAUGCACGGCCACACAAACGUCUCCACUGUUGUGCCUGUAAUUCCAAGUCCCUACAUUGAUUUCAUCGUCGUCAAUGGCGAUGAUCGCUACAUGAUACGCUGCGAACGCAAGGCAGUACUGGAGAAUAGCGUCGAGUUAGCGAAGCUGAUACGAGCCGGCCCAAAUAGUGGCCGCAAGGGUGAUAAUCACUUUCAAAUCUCCAAUGUGGACAAGAACGACUUUGAGCUGGUCAUACGAUUUCUGGAGACCAAGUUCGUGCGAUAUCGCGAUCAUUUGCACAUACUGAAAAUACUUGAGUUGGCCGAUCGCUUCAAUUGUCCCGAUCUGGUGAUCCACUGCAUACGUGACUUGGACCUGCAACUGACGAGCGCAGUAGUGAUCGACAUCUUUCGUUCGCUGUGGUUCUACCAAAGCAUUUCUGUGCCAAACCAACACCAACUGGGUGCCGUCAUUACCACACAGGAAAGCGCUGCCAACAAGAAAGCAAAACGUAAAACACCCAACCCACAAACAACCAGCAAUGCCAGUGGCGGAACGGCUGCUGGUGCGGGCGACAAUUCGAAUGCCGGCACAGAGUCAAGUCCGCAUCCCAAUCCCUUCACAGCAGAGGAGUUUGGCAUGGCUUUGCUUAACAACUCGCUACAACUGAUCGACAUGCAUGCCCAAUUGGUGUUGACCAAACAGCAAAUCAACGAAUUACGUUUUGAGGAACUCGAAAUGAUCGCGAAACGUGAGGCACUGCAACUCAGCUCCGAGCUGGUGCUCUUCAACUGUUUGGCGGACUGGAGUGUAGCCGAGUGUCAACGCAAGAAGCUCGAUGCAACGGCAGAGAACAGACGACGUGUGCUCGGACCUCUAUGUUACGCACCGCGUUAUUUGCUCAUGAAUAUAAAUGAAUUCCGCAAGGCGUGUGACCGCGUGGAGCUACUGGAUCCAGUGGAAGUAUCGCUCGUAAGUGACGCUAUAGAAGGCAAGAAGCUGAAAAAUCUGACACCAGAACAGAGUCAGUUGCUGGAAAAGUUUCGAACGCCACGUCCGGAAUUCCCAAAAAUGCCAAUACACCUUAGCGAUCGCACAAACCCGAAGAACUACCCGAAGAAAAUGCGGCGUGCAGAAAAAGGUGCUUCCGGUGAAGAUGGUUGUUGGAGUAAUUUCGGCAUGAACUGUUUGGCCGUAUUCGCAUGCAUUUUCGACUAAGUGUAGUGCAGUUAAAUAGCGACUUAGAGAACUCAUGCUACCAAUCAAGUUUUGUAAAAAUUGAAUUUUCCGAACAAAUUCCCACCACUGCAAUUGAUUUAGAAGGCGGGGCUGGGGUUAAUACUUUGAAGAAAAAUAAGAUUCUUUCGAGAGAACCAUGGUGCAACGUAAUGCUUUUACGUGAUGACCUAUUGCACUAGAGGCAACCUUAACCUGAACAUUUUGCGCAUCGUUGCGGUUAUGAACUCGUGUAACCACAUAAUAACGAUUCAACAAAAAGUUAUCGUUUCAGUAGUAUAAGUCAAGUUGAUGCUUACAGAUACAUAAUAUAAAUAGAGGAUACGCGAUAUAUGUACAUAUAUAUGUGAAUGUGCAUGCAUUUGUUAGUGAAAGCAACGGAGACUACUCCAAAGCAAACAAGAAUGAGUAGAUUAAGUUUUUAUACUGACACACAAUAUGCCGUGCGAAUUUCCCAGUGAAACCCACACCAAAAUAUAUGUAGUUGUACCACUAUACGUGUAUAUAACUUAUAUAUUUCGUUACAUAUGCUUUGCAGUUAUGCCUGAACCUAAGGUGUGUAAUUGGAAUGGAUAGGUGAACGUUUCAUUUGGUAGCUGUCAAUUGUGGCUGGAAACGUCGUUGAAACUAACCUUAAAUAUAUUUAGAUAUAAAUAUUGAAUAGACAUAAUUAUAUAUAUUUUAUGCCAAUUUACGUUAUUUUAAGUAAGUUUUUGCUAGUCAAUGUAGCCAUACAAUUUGUUUAUAGAAAAUUUGUUCAAAGAAUAUUAGCCUAAUUGAGAAGGAAUCUAAGUACAAUACAUUCACGCAUCGUCUACAUACACACACACACACACACACACACACAUACGUAUUUACAUGUGAACAAACACAACGUUAGCUUUAAUGUUCAUUCAACACACAUUUUAACAUAAUAUGGAGUCCAAACACAUGUUUUAAUUGGAGUCGAGAUAAGGUUGGAAGGCUGCAAGCUUUUUCAUAUUUACACACAAAAUACAUGACAUUAUAGAAAAAUUUAUGCAAGUUUUAAUUAAUUUUAACGAAUGAACGGAGGAUUUAAUGUGUGAAACGAUUGUUAUAUUUUUUAUUUUAAAGUUUCAAGCAAGCAAACUGCAAACUGAAAAGCGGAAUAUUUUAAACGGUGUACAUCGUCGAAAAUCUCAAUGAUUGCAUGUAAAUUAUGAGAUCGCUAGAUUAAAUUAUAUCGAAACUGAUACGAAUGCAUGAAUAUAAUUUUAUAAAAUAAAUUACACAUAUAACGAUAUUCUUAAAUUAUAACUUCAGUUGCAUGCUUCUCUGCAUAAUAAAUCUCUCAUAAAUUAAAUUUUGGAGAAAUAUAAUGCAAUCAUUGAACAAGUAACUGGAAUUUGCAUUAAAAAACUGACAUAUAUUGUAUCAUACACCUUAACUGAACUACAGAUGUAUACAGAAAUAAAUAUACGCAACCGUUUGAAUAAAAA